UUUAUGAAUAGAUUUUAAACGUCAAAAACAAAUUAUCCUUUUGCAAAAAAUCGGCCCUGUGUGAAAAUUUCUUAAACUAUAAUCUUAAAAAUUUAAGAUAGUAAUAAGUGUUAAAUAAUCAGAAAAUAUGCCCGAAUUAACAGAAAUUAAGACCGAAACACAAGCCGAAGCAGCAAAACCUAGUACUGCAGCCGAAUCUGAAGUACGCAUUGAAGAUGAUGCAAGCGACACAGAUUCAGAAGAUACUAUUCCUGAAUUGGAAGAUGCAGGGGCUGCAACCACACAGUUGGGUGGGGGUGCUACCGGUUUGCCAAUUGAUAUGGUAUCAAAAGCCAAACAAUCAAGAGGAGAGAAAAAAGCUCGUAAAAUUAUGCUAAAAUUGGGAUUGAAACAAAUUCAAGGAGUUAACAGAGUUACUAUUCGGAAAUCAAAAAAUAUAUUAUUUGUUAUAAAUAACCCAGAUGUGUAUAAAAAUCCCCAUAGUGACACAUACAUUAUUUUUGGUGAAGCUAAAAUUGAAGAUUUAUCGCAACAAGCUCAAGUUGCCGCUGCAGAAAAAUUCAAGGCACCAGAAAGUGCAGCAGGUGCUACAGACACUAUUGGAACAACAUCUUCAGUUGCACCAAUCGCCGAAGAGGAUGAAGAAGAAGUUGAUGAAACUGGAGUCGAUGAAAAGGAUAUUGAAUUGGUUAUAACACAGGCUAAUACAACCCGAGCUAAAGCAAUUAAAGCACUUCGGAAUAAUAAUAAUGACAUCGUUAACGCAAUUAUGGAACUGACGAUGCUGUAAAUACCGAGAAAAUAUACCUAUCUAUUGGAAAAAAUGUACUUUUGCAUUUUUAAAUUACUUUCACUAAAUUUUUUUCAUAAGUUUUUUAUUUCGAGUAUUUUUUAAUUAAUUUUCGAAUGAAUAUUAACCCAGUACAUAUACCUACACAUAAAUUGUAAUAAUACCAAUUUGAAACUAUGUACGUUUGGAUUUUUGUUUUAAAGAAUAGCUAUGUACGUAAUACUUAAGAGUACAUAAAAUAGUUUCAUUGUUAAUAAGAAAAAAAAAUAAACCGCAAUUUAGUCAUUCUUUAAAAGCA